UAUGCGAUUUGAAGCCUAGAAUGGAAACAAACUGAAGCUCCCGUCCAUGUGUUCACGCAUACGUGACCGCAUACAGAACUUUAAAUCAGGCUGAAUUUUCACAUCUCUGUCCACAGUACAAGUCUCAUCUGUGAAAAGAAUCACAUGCAGUGAAACCACAAACUCCCAAGCUGGAAUGGAGAGGGUGAAAUAAUUAUCCUGUUAUCCUGUCAAUUACACCUGGAUGACCGCUUUGCAGUUUAUGAAAAUCUUCAAACAGGAUUUUAAAAAUGCAAUCACAAAACAGCAGCAUGUUUGAGCAUCAGCCUCUCGAGUUCAGAAUUGGUGCAAUUACCUUCUACGUUAUCAUUUUCACAAUUGGACUGGUUGUAAAUGCCACUGCAAUUUGGGUCUUCAGCUGCACCACUAAGAAAGGCACAUCUGUGAACAUAUACAUGACAAAUGUCGCUCUGUUGGACCUCAUGUUUAUAAUGCUGCUGCCUUUCCACCUGAUUUAUUAUGGGAAGAAUUACUGGCCCUUUGGUGAUAUCUUCUGCCGCAUCAAUGCCACCGUCACUAUAUUUUACCCGAGCAUUGCUCUGUGGCUUUUGGCUUUCAUCAGCGUUGAUCGCUACACGGCAGUGGUGCAACCCAAACACAGCAAGGAACUUCGUAACACUGGCAAAGCUAUUGCCAGCUGUGUAGGAAUCUGGGUAAUGACAAUUGUGUCUGUUCUUCCCUUCAUGUUUUCCAAGAACGACCCAGACAGGGCUUCUAAUUUUACAACCUGUUUCAAAAUGCUCGACAUCAUUCACUUGAAGGAAGUCAACAGUCUGAACUUCAUCCGAGUGAUAUUGUUUUUUCUUCUGCCUCUCUUCAUUAUGAUAGGAUGCUACUGCAUUAUCAUCAACAGCCUUAUAAAAGGAAAAACUUCCAAACUGAAGCCAAAAACGAAGGAAAAAUCUAUUAAAAUAAUCGUGACCCUCAUCGUUCAGGUGCUUCUCUGUUUUGUUCCAUAUCACAUAUGUUCCAUUUUCUUACUAUUACAAUCUGGACGUAGUAAUUUCAACGCCUGGGCUGCCUUUACAACCUUCUUGAUGAACCUCAGCACAUGUCUCGACAUGAUCCUGUACUACAUAGUGUCAAAGCACUUUCAGGCCAGAGUCAUCAGCGUCAUCUACUAUAGGAACUACCUGAGGAGUGUACGAAGGAAAAGCUUCAGACAUGGGAGUUUCCAUUCACUGAGCAACGUCAACAUUAGCAACAUGUAAAUUAUGAAAUAAGGACCAAGUAAUUGAGUUUUAUCUUGUUUCAGUUCCUCCGAGUACUUUACAAACUGAAAGUACCUUUGAAGAAAGAGGCCUUUCAUUUUGUGUGUAAAUGCAGUAAAUGAAAUGUCAUUGCACCAGAAUGGUCAGUUGAUUUGUUUAUAAUGUUGCUAAUGGAAGGAUGAAUGAUGAUCAGAAAACCAUGCGAAUAUAAUUCUAUGAUGAAACUGCUCUAAAAUUGAUUCUUAAUAAAUGCUUAUCCUUGAAUAUUUAGUAAUGAAAUCACACCUCUUUGUAAUUUAACAACUUUGUCAUUCCUAUUACUAGAUCAUCACAUCAAAAGAUGUAGAAGCCGAAUAUAUGAAAGGAUUUUGGGUAUGUAGUGUAAACUGUCCAAAGUAGUAAUAGAUGUGGGUACAAUUACGAUGUUUAGAAAACAUUUGGACAGAUAUGCUAUUAGGAAAGAUUUAGAGAGAUGUGGGUCAAAUUCACACGGAGAAUGGUGAAUCUCUGGAAU